AUUGUUCAAGAUGCUUUAUCAAGCCUAUGCCAAAAUUACUUGGAGCUUCUAAUCAUUUAUUUUUAUUCAGGGUAGGUUACAGAUGGAUUACAAGAUUUCUUGCCCUUGGUUGUCACUCCUUACUACUUUUCCCAGGUUUUCUUCAAGUUGGAUAUUACUAUUUCUUCUCCAGUCAAGUUCGCAGAAGCAUAUUUUAUGGUGAUCAGCCAAGAAAUAGGCUGGAUCUGUAUCUACCCAAAAAUAGUGAUGGGCCAAAGCCAGUCAUUGCUUUUGUAACUGGUGGAGCCUGGAUUAUUGGUUUCAAAGCAUGGGGUUGCCUUUUAGGACAACAGUUAUCAGAAAGAGACAUCAUAGUGGCAUGCAUAGAUUACAGGAAUUUCCCCCAAGUGACCAUGAGUGAUAUGGUAACGGAUGCAUCACAAGGUAUCUCAUUUGUGUACAAAAAUAUUGCUGAUUAUGGAGGGGAUCCUGAUAGGAUUCCCAUCAGUCAGCUGGUGCACAUAUUGCUGCUUGAACAGUCUUGGAGCAGGCAAUUAAAGAAGGCGGUGAGGGAGAAAGCACCUCUUGGAGUGUCUCCCAGAUAAAGGCUUAUUGGGGUUUAUCUGGAGGGUACAAUUUGUUUAAUCUAGUAGAUUACUUCCAUAAUCGAGGUCUGUACCGUUCCAUUUUUUUAAGUAUAAUGGAAGGGGAACAAUCCCUGCUACGAUUCUCCCCUGAAGUAGUGGUGCAGGAUCCAAACAUUAGAAAUGCUGUUUCCCUCUUACCACCUAUUAUUUUAUUUCAUGGUACUGCAGAUUACUCCAUACCUUCAGAUGCCAGGUCUGAAUUUCUCUGGAAUGAAUUCCAUUAUUGCAUAUGAUUACAUUUAAAUUCAAAUGGUGCAUUAGGUUCAUUUGGCUGUUGAGAUUAGUUUCUAUUGCUGACAUUCUUGCUUCAAAGUAACAGUACUCACUACACUAGUGUCAAAUUUGUUAAAGAUAUGACUGAAUGACUGAACUCUUGAUUGAAGAUGGGGAUUUUUAUGAAAAAAAAUAUAUUUUCAAGCUCUUGUCCGAACUUGAGACUCAAUGAAUGUAAUAGGGUCUAUUUUAUAUAUUUAUCGCUCUCCCAGAACUUGACCUUGAACUGGUCUUUUCUUUUAUCACUCUCCCUCUCAUGUAGCGGGCUUA